AUGGCCAUAGUGAUUCUAUACAAUGAGUGUCGAAUUUAUACCAUGACAUGCGAAGCGAAAAAAGCUGUUAGUUUGGCGAUUUUUUUACAAUGCCUCGAGCCAAUUGCUAAAUAUUUGGUUGUGGAACAAGCAGAACGCAUGUUGGGCUCGGAAUCUUUCGAAUUCCGUCUGGCAAAGACGAAUGAUCAACUAGAGCUCGAGAGGCUUGGGUUACGAAACAUAAUUACAAAGAAUCGACAUAUGGACAAAAGUUUACGUCGCCAGAUCGAUAUUAAAGGCGAGCGGCAUGUUUUCGAGCAUAGAAACAUCCCAAGAUUGAAAUACAUUGAUUGUCGUACGUGUAUUCUUAUUUUUUUCGUAAGCAAUGAGUUAAAACUGUGCGAAAGAGGCAAUAACGUGAGAACAACUUAUAUCUACCAGGCAAAACCAGGCAGUAAUAAGAUUGCCCAAACCUUUUAA